AUGGUGGAAAACCACUGACGUAUGUAAACAAACUACUUUACUACUUUACAGCAACUACGAUCUACUGUCGUAAAUUACAUUUGGCAUCCCCAUGCUAUGGAUACAAGCUUGCUGACAGAAUUAUGUGUCUACACGUGGGGAACCAACAGCUAUUGGCAGUUAGGACAGGGCCAUGUUGAAGACCUGUCAGUGCCCAGGCUCGCUGAUGGAGCCCUACAUAUGGGGACGGUGCGCCAACUCAGUGGAGGUGGUGGGCAUUCGGCUGUGGUCUCUGAGAAAGGAGAGCUGCUGGUGUGUGGCCAGAACCACAGAGGUCAGCUGGGACUGGGUCACAGUUUAGAGGUCACCACCUUUCAACUCUGUCCUCUCAUUGGUCAGAGGGUUGCACACGUGUCCUGUGGUUGGGAUUUCACACUCGUCCUCACUGAUCAUGGCCAGGUACUGACGUGUGGAUCUAAUGCAUACGGCCAGUUGGGUGUCUCAGAGCCAAUCCCUCAUUCUGUGGUGCUGCUGCCCAUUCAGUCUGUAAGGGAGCCAGUGAUCAGAGUGGCAGCAGGACUCAGACAUUCACUAACUGUCACUGCCACAGGUAGUGUUUACCAGUGGGGUAUGGGUCUCUCUGGCCAGGCUAAGAGAGCUCUGAGUCCACAGCCUGUCCCAGAACACUUCACCUCCAAGGUACCUUGUCUGGUCCCAGGUCUGGAACAGGUGAUUUCACACAGUGUUGCUGCAGGCUCCGCCCACUCUGUGAGCCUUACUGCUGAGGGAGAUGUGUUCCUGUGGGGCAGUAAUAAGCACGGCCAGCUGACCAGUAGCAGUACAGACUCCUUCCUACCCAGACCUGUCCUCCUAGACCGCUCACCACUGGGUGGAGAGAAGGUUUCCCACGUUCACAGUGGCUGGACACACCUGGUGGCCCAAACAGAGAGCGGCCGUGUCUUCACUUGGGGCAGAAGCAAUUAUGGACAGCUGGGGAGGACAGAACUGACCAAUCAGAGUGCAGAUCAGCAGUCAAGUAGUGCAUUGAGAGGAGCUGCCAGCCACUGGACAUGUGUCCCUGCAGAAGUCAAGAUCCUCUGUGGAGCCUCACAGAUUGCCUGUGGAUCUGAACAUAACCUUGCCAUCGUAGGGGGUCGCCUGCUCUCUUGGGGGUGGAACGAACAUGGGAUGUGUGGGGAUGGUUCCGAGACAGAUGUCAGCGAACCACAGCCCAUUCCUGCCCUCCGGCCUCUUGUGAUUGGCUGUGGCGCUGGCCACUCUAUGGCCCUGUGUGCUGUGAGGACAGGUGAAGAGGACAUGGAGAUAGAACAAGCUACCCUAUAGUUUGAAACUAGCAUGUUUGAGCUAACUUACAGGGCUGUACCUGGGUAAGAUCGCGGACCGCUAGUGCCGCUGAUUUGAAGCCAAUGUCUGUUGUUUUUAUAUCUAUGGCAGAGGACACCCGGCUCACUGUGGGGCGUGAGAGUAACAUGAUAGGGUAUGAAUCAUGAUCACCCAGUCUAUGGGGAAUGAGCCUCAGGGGAAAAUCUGGGAGGAGGACAUUCUGAAGGUUGUAAAGUAUGUGGGUGUGUCUGUCCGAGCAAAAUAGCCAAACCCCGUUAUGAUUGCUUUGUUGUUGGCCAAAGUAAGGCAUGUGUAAGUUCAGUAUGACCGGUACAUUCUAACUGCCUUCGUAAUGUAUUUUUAUUUCCAUCUAUGACACAUCUAUGCCCUUUUUUGAUCCAAGAGGCCUGUCAGAGUAGGAGGGGCUGAUCUAGGAUCCAUUCUAUUUCAAUUCUAAUCAAUUCAGAAUGUAAACCCCAUUUCCAAAUGUCCCUAACUGAAAAGCAUUGAAUUGAAUUGACAUUUCAAUACACAUUCUGAAUUGACUGGAAUUAAAAAUUGGAAUUGACCUUAAACCUACAGUCCAUGUAAUCGUAUUCUUGUUGUCAUUUUAAAAGACGAUACCGAUCCUAGAUCAGCACACACUAGAUACAUACGGCCCCAGGUCUGUAUUCAAAUUGUAAGACGUCAAAAUAAAUAUUGUUUGUGGCGUUAGAGACGGGGGAGUUAUGUAUGAUCAGGGACAUUCCUCCAGUCCAGAUAUGAUUCAGGUCAGGGAGAUGGAUACACAAGUCUGUUAGUCUAUACAUGAUGCCUAUGUCCCAAGACAUAAAGUACCAGUCAAAAGUUUGGGCGCACCUACUCAUUCAAGGGUUUUCUAUAUAUUUUUUUUAUUUUUUUCUACAUUGUAGAAUAAUGUGUGAAGACAUCAAAACUAUGAAAUAACACGUAUGGAAUCAUGUCGUAACCAAAAAAGUGUUAAAACAAAAUAUAUUAUUUUAGAUUUUUCAAAGUAGCCAACCUUUGCCUUAAUGACAGCUUUGCACACUCUUGGCAUUCUCUCAACUAGCUUCAGGAAUGCUUUUCCAACAGUCUUGAAGGAGUUCCCACAUACGCUGAACACUUGCUGGCUGCUUUUCCUUCACUCUGUGGUCCAACUCAUCCUAAACCAUCUCAAUUGCGUUGAGGUCAGGUGAUUGUGGAGGCCAGGUCAUUUGAUAAAGCACUCCAUCACUCUACUCCUUGGUCAAAUAGCCCUUACACAGCCUGGAGGUGUGUUUUGGGUCAUUGCCCUUUUGAAAAACAGAUGGGAUGGCGUAUCGCUGCAGAAUGCUAUGGUAGCCAUGCUGGUUAAGUCUGUCUUGAAUUAUAAAUAAAUCACUGACAGUGUCAUCAGCAAAGCACCAUCACCACUCCUCCUCCAUGCUUCACGGUGGGAACCACACAUGCAGAGAUCAUACGUUCAUAAACUCUGUGUCUCACAUGGCGGUUGGAACCAAAAAUAUCAAAUUUGGACUAAUCAGACAGAUGUCCGCUUGUGUUUCUUGGCCCAAGCAGGCCUCUUCUUAUUGUCCUUUAGUAGUGGUUUCUUUGCAGCAAAUCAACAAUGAAGGCCUGAUUCACACAGUCUUCUCUGAACAGUUGAUGUUGAGAUGUGUCUGUUACUUAAACUCUGAAGCAUUUAUUUGUGCCUCAAUCUGAGGCUGGUAAACUCUAAUGACCUUAUCCUCUGCAGCAGAGGUAACUCUGGGUCUUCCAUUCCUGUGACGGUCCUCAUGAGAGCCAGUUUCAUCAUAGCGCUUGAUGAUUUUUGCAACUGCGCUACAUUUGUAUUUUAUUUAACUAGGCAAGUCACAAAUUCUUAUUUUCAAUGACGUCCUAGGAACAGUGGGUUAACUGCCUGUUCAGGGGCAGAACGACAGAUUUGUACCGUGUCAGCUCGGGGAUUUGAACUUGCAACCUUUCGGUUACUAGUCCAACGCUCCAACCACGAGGCCACCCUGCCUCCCCAUGAUUCCAUAUGUGUUAUUUCAUAGUUUCGAUGUCUUCACUAUUAUUCCACAACAUCGUGAGUAGUCCAACGUUUCGACUGGAACUCACUCCUUUCCCAGUUUGUCUUCCUGAUUGAUUCAUAGGAUACAUAGAUCCAUGCCUAGGGCCACAUACAUAUAUAUAUAUAUCCCCUCUUGGCCCUCUCCUCUUGUCAUGCCAGUGUAAAUUCUCAUUGAUUAACAUGGCUAUUGAUGGCCUGAAGUAUAUGCUCGGCCAGCGCUGUAGUCCCAUCUCUCCAAGUCUGUCACUGGCCCCCUUUUUUUAUUGCUGACAAAAGCACUCAAAUCUCCUGGUCUCCCUCACUCACCGCUGUGUCCCAAAUGCCACCCCUAAUUCCCUUUUGUAGGGCACAUGUCUCAUAGGGCUCUGGUCAAAAGGAGUGUACUUUUUAAGGAAUAGGGUUCUGGUCAAAAGUAGUGCACUAUAUAGAGGGAAUAGGGUUCUAUUGUGCUCUGGUCUAAAGUAGUGCACUAUAUAGGGAAUAGGGUUCUAUAGGGCCCUGGUCUAAAGUAGUGCACUAUAUAGAGGGAAUAGGGUUCUAUAGGGCUCUGGUCUAAAGUAGUGCACUAUAUAGGGAAUAGGGUUCUAUAGGACUCUGGUCUAAAGUAGUGCACUAUAUAGGGAAUAGGGUUCUAUAGGGCUCUGGUCAAAAGUAGUGCACUAUAUAGGGAAUAGGUUUCUAUAGGGCUCUGGUCUAAAGUAGUGCACUAUAUAGAGAGUAGGGUGCCAUUUGGGACACAUAUUCCGGCUAUACUGUUAUACAGUAUCCGCUGGCCCCGUAGAAUGCUAUAUGUGUACCAGUCCGAUUUAAAGGUUAUAGGGGUAAUAUUUGUCAUAUUUACUGAUGUUUGAAGGCCAUGUAUAAGAGGUGAUAUAAGGAUUGGAUGACCGUUAUAAAUGUCUUCACUGAAUGUUAUGGGGUUAUGUUUACAUUGAAAUACUGCAGGUGUUCUGUCAAAUCCUGUCUAGUUUAAAUGUUUCCAAUUUGAAUGGCCCUGAUGACCUCUGAUUCUGUCCUGUCUGUCCUGUCUGUCCUGUCUGUCCUGUCUGUCCUGUCUGUCUGUCUGUCUGUCUGUCUGUCUGUCUGUCUGUCUGUCUGUCUGUCUGUCUGUGUGCGUUCUGAUAAGCGAUCGUACAGUUUGCCGAAUAUAUUACAAUAUCGUCGUGUAUGUUUAUCUAUGCAAAGAAAUAUAUGAUAUGGGAUUGGGCGGCAACCUGAAAACAUUGAUCUCACAGAAAUAUGAAUUGUGAUGAAAAAAUGGCUAUGAAAAGACGACAUAAAAUUAAGAUAAACCAAUGAAUUACUAUCUUUGACUUUCUUCAAAAAAUAAAUCAACACUCAUUGAAAAAUAA